UUCCUUCUGGUGUGGUCCUGGAAAAAAGGGAAUUCAUUUAACAGAAGAUGGAACAGCCACCGCCUCUUCACCUUCUCCCUGCUCCAGGUUUGUAAAGAAACUCAUGGACCCUUUUUUCCGGGAGAGAAACCCAAGCUCUUCAUCCGGUUCCGUCUUUUGAUGCCCCCGAAGUCGUGGCGUGACACUGCUGGCCUUUUGUCUGGUCCUAUAUGAACGGCGUGGAGCAGGCCCACUCUGAUGCCCACCUCGUGAGCCAUGGUGGCGCCAAGACCCCGGCCGGCCCACCCAGCCCUUUCGCCCAGGUAGCCAUGAACAGCUGCCGCUACAACGGAGGCGUCGUCCGGCCGCUCGGCAGCCUCAGCGCCUCCCGCCGCCACCUCCACGAGCCGGAGGCCGAGACCCAGCCCCUCCAGACCUUCCGGGAUUCGGGCCUGGAGGUGGUGGUUUCGAACUCGGAGCGGGGGGGCAAAGCGCCGCCGGACGGCUCUGGGGACCCCGAGGCAGAGGAGGGCCAGCCUCCUCACCGGCACAAGCGGAACCAGAACAUUGGCUACCGGCUGGGCCACCGCCGGGCCCUCUUUGAGAAGCGGAAGCGCCUGAGUGACUACGCCCUCAUUUUCGGCAUGUUCGGCAUCGUGGUCAUGGUGACCGAGACGGAGCUGUCCUGGGGGGUCUACACAAAGGAAUCAUCCUACUCGUUUGCUCUGAAAUGCCUCAUCAGCCUCUCCACCAUGAUCCUGCUGGGGCUGAUCAUCAUGUACCAUGCGCGGGAGAUCCAGCUCUUCAUGGUGGACAACGGGGCGGACGACUGGCGGAUCGCCAUGACCUACGAGCGCAUCUUCUUCAUCACCCUGGAGCUGGUGGUCUGUGCCAUCCACCCCAUCCCGGGCCAGUACUUCUUCACCUGGACCACCCGCCUGGCCUUCACCUACGCCACCUCGGAGGCCAACACGGACGUGGACAUCAUCCUUUCCAUCCCCAUGUUCCUGCGCCUCUACCUGAUCGGGCGCGUCAUGCUGCUCCACAGCAAGCUCUUCACCGACGCCUCCUCGCGCAGCAUCGGGGCCCUCAACAAGAUCAACUUCAACACCCGCUUUGUCAUGAAGACUCUGAUGACCAUCUGCCCCGGCACCGUCCUCUUGGUCUUCAGCAUCUCCUCCUGGAUCAUUGCCGCCUGGACGGUGCGCGUCUGUGAGAGGGACAAACUGUACCAUGACAAGCAGGAUGUGACCAGCAACUUCUUAGGUGCUAUGUGGCUCAUUUCCAUCACCUUCCUCUCCAUCGGCUAUGGGGAUAUGGUGCCCCACACGUACUGCGGGAAGGGGGUCUGCUUGCUGACGGGCAUUAUGGGUGCCGGCUGCACGGCCCUCGUGGUGGCUGUCGUGGCCCGGAAGCUUGAACUCACCAAAGCCGAAAAGCACGUCCACAAUUUCAUGAUGGACACGCAGCUGACCAAGCGGGUGAAAAAUUCGGCCGCCAACGUACUCAGGGAAACGUGGCUGAUCUACAAGCACACUAAGCUGGUGAAGAAGGUGGAUUACGCGAAAGUGCGGAAACACCAGCGUAAGUUCCUUCAAGCCAUUCACCAGUUGAGGAGCGUGAAGAUGGAGCAGCGGAAACUGAGCGAUCAGGCCAACACGUUGGUGGAUUUAUCCAAGACGCAGAAUGUCAUGUACGACAUGGUAUCCGAGCUGCAGGAGCGGAACGAGGACCUGGAGAAACGGAUCAGCGUCUUAGAGAGCAAGAUCGACCUUCUAGGCCUCACCCUGCACGCCCUGCCAGGCCUGGUCAGCCAAGCCAUCCGCCAGCAGCACCGGGCCCUCGCCCGCGCCUGCGGCGGCACCCCGAACAGCUCUGAACGCUCCUCGUGGACCCCCGCCCGGCGGGGGAAAUCCCCGUCCACCGCUCCCCCCACAUCCUCGGACAGCGGGUGACGGCGACCGGGGCGGGGGACCCACCUCCCCGCCAGGCGCGCGCGUGUCAUGUUUAUGGCCAUUGUGUGGCCGAUCUCCCCACCGCCGCCCCCCCAGUCCCACGUCGGAGCUUUUUUUAUGGAAAGCCCUGUACAGUUACACACACACACCCUGCGCCUUCCUGGCGUGGAGACGACACAAACUGUUUUCUGGACCCCGCAACUGGGGGCGGGGCGGAGGACGACGGACCCCAAUUCCGAUUUCACGUUAAACAAAGCCAUUUUUUCAGGACGGGUCGGGAGUGGGGAGGGGGCUGUGUAAAAACCAUGCAAAUCCAUGAUGAGGAUGAUGGAGAAGGGGUUUGGGGGCUUUUUUUGAAGGGGGGCGGAGUAUGGAUCCAUAGCACUGUAUCCUUAUUUUAGGGCAGAAACAAGGGCCUUUUUUUUAUUGUGAAGAUAUUUAAAACCGAAGCACUGUUCAUUCUAGCACUGGAGAGGGGAAAAACAUAUUUCUCUUUUUUCCCUUCUCUCUCUUUCUUUAUCCCACCCCCAGUACUAGGGGGGACAUCAUUUUUAGAAUAGGAAACAAUCUUGAGAUGAUAUUGCCAGUCACAGCCGGGACGCGGGAUUGAAUGUUCUAAUGAGCCAUAUUGGUGUUUGUCUUUCACUGUUUUUUUUUAAAAGGAUGUGUUGUGGUGGGAGGGGACCCCGGCACCCUUCAAAAGCAGUAGCAAUUUGUUUUUUUUUGGGGGGGGCAGGGUGUCCCGGGCAUGUGUUGUUCUUGUUGUCAUAGACUCAAGAGACAAAUUGCAUUGGCUCGGCAUGAUAGACAUCACAGGUUCUGGCCAAUAGGUGCCUGCCGCUCGCAGUGUUUCUCUCCGGAUCACCUGCUCCGAGGGGGUGCUACCGUGGGGUAUUCUGUCUUCUGGGAGGAGCAAAGAGUUUUGAAGGACUGAUUUGGGGGGCUCGUUUUGGGUGGAGGGGUGACCCGUGGCUGGCGGAGCAGAAUCUUGUCAAGAAGGUCACUGGAAUCAUGGAUGCUAAAACCAGCGCACAACCCCUUUCACCCAGCGACUUGAGUGGUCUUGAGUUGUAGCCACUAAGAGACGGAAGAGGAGUUUGUGGGGAACUUGGUUCAGUUGGCCAAUUUCUUUUUUAAAGAGAAAAAAAAACAUUCCUUUUUUUCCUUUUUUUUCUGUUUUUCUUUUCCAGAAUGAGGUGGUGAUGGAUCGAUUUUCGGGGA